GCGGCGGCGGCAGCAAAAUGCUGUCCAUGUCGUACAGCGAGAGCGUGCGCAGCGGCAUUAACCGCUACCACUCGGACCUGGGCCUCAACCAGCCACGCCACACCGACCAGGCCGAGCUGCAGAGGCUGAGGGAGGUGCGGGCGGCGGCACAGGUCAAGAACAUGGAGGACUUCCUCAAGAUGAACGGCCUGUCGCUGGAGGACUGUGUAGCCUACCAGACAGGCAUGAAGUACAGAAACCUUGGAAAAUCAGGAUUGAGGGUGUCCUGCCUUGGACUAGGAACAUGGGUGACCUUCGGAGGUCAGAUCACAGAUGAGAUGGCAGAGCAGUUGAUGACCCUGGCGUAUGAAAAUGGGAUCAAUCUCUUUGACACAGCUGAGGUCUAUGCAGCAGGGAAGGCAGAGGUGGUGCUUGGGAAUAUUAUAAAGAAGAAAGGCUGGAGACGUUCCAGUUUGGUCAUCACCACCAAGAUCUUUUGGGGCGGAAAAGCAGAGACUGAAAGAGGGUUAUCCAGAAAGCAUAUAAUUGAAGGUCUUAAGGCUUCACUGGAGCGACUGCAGUUAGAGUAUGUGGAUGUGGUGUUUGCUAACAGACCGGACCCCAACACACCCAUGGAAGGAGACCCAUUUAACACUUCAAAGUCAAGAACAUUCAUCAUAGAAGAACUUCUAGAGAUUCCUCAUUGUGGUCAUCUGCUCAAGGUCAUCAUAAACUCUGUUGACAAGAAGCAGCUUAAGAGUGAAUGCAUCCCACAGCUUCACCAGUUCACACACCUGAGCCGUGCUCAUUCCCUGCUGUUCCCACUCUUGCAGGAGGCGUACUCUGUGGCGCGGCAGUUCAACCUGAUCCCACCGAUUUGUGAGCAGGCUGAGUACCACAUGUUCCAGAGAGAGAAGGUGGAGGUGCAGCUGCCAGAGCUCUUCCACAAGAUAGGUGUGGGUGCUAUGACGUGGUCCCCACUGGCCUGCGGGAUCAUCUCAGGGAAAUACGACAGUGGGGUACCUCCUUAUUCUCGGGCAUCUCUGAAGGGGUACCAGUGGUUGAAGGACAAGAUCCUGAGUGAGGAGGGCCGGCGCCAGCAGGCGAAGUUGAAAGAGCUGCAGGCAAUCGCAGAGCGGCUGGGCUGCACACUGCCACAGCUCGCCAUCGCAUGGUGCCUACGGAAUGAAGGGGUCAGCUCGGUGCUGUUGGGGGCUUCCAAUACAGACCAGCUGAUGGAAAAUAUAGGAGCAAUACAGGUUCUUCCGAAGCUAUCUUCUUCCAUUGUGCAUGAGGUGGACAGCAUUCUGGGCAACAAGCCUUACAGCAAGAAGGACUACCGCUCCUAACGCGCUGCCGAGCGCUGGGGGAGCCGCCGCCGCCCCCUGCCUCGAUCUCUGCCCGUUCCUCUGUUUGCUCGAGCUUUUACUGAAUGAGAAACUGGCGCGUGAAGCUGGCAAAAGGCAUGGUCCUGGGGGGCAGGUCAUCUGAUAAGACAAUGAAAUCCUCACAAAAAGAAAAUCUGGGAAGCAGAGAGAGAAAGAUCAAAGCGAGGUACACUCGUAGAUAAACCAGUAAUACAUUUAUCUAAACCAGAGGUUUUUUUAUAUUUUGGAAAAAGCACAUGCUUGCUUGGCAGCUUAAGGUUUUUUUGGGGGGUUUUAUUUUUCUUAAUGGUCUUUUUAAAUUCUGCAUCGAUGUUAAAGCGAAAUAAGAUUGAUAUUAGUCUACAAGCGCAAACCCCAGUUUUUCCAUUUACGUUUCAUUUAAACCUUUUAGGAAGGUGCUUGAGUUUUUAAAAUGAUAUUAAUUUGAGCUGUUUUUUUGCACAUGGGUGUAACGGCUUCUCCUGAAAUGAAACAAUCUAGCACUUUAGUUACAGACUAAAGGAAUCAAUCCGAGAGUGAUGUUCACAGACAUCCCCUAUAAUGAAGGUCCUCUGAAGUCAGUCAGUUUAAUUACCAAAGCUAAUUUAAAAGAUCUAAAAUAACUACAUACACUGGGACAUCAAAGAAAUUGAAUGUUUUUUUGGAGGGAUCUUGUCUGAACGAUUAUAACUGUGUGCUUAGCUGUUUUUGGCAAGCCAUUCACUUAGCAAUUACCAUUUUAAACAUCAUUCUUAAAUUAUUUAGAUUUAAUCAGCUGAAUAAUAAUAUAUUUUUUAAACAGAGCAUCUUCGUGCAGGUCAGUUAAAAUUAACUCUGAAUCCCACAUAUGGCAUAACAGAAUCUUGAAGCUAAAAUCUCCUGCUCCUGUUGUUACAGUAUACAGCACAGCUGAAUAACUGAAACACUGAAAAUAAAAUUUUGUCUCGAAACAGAAAUGGGAUGGAUCUUAACCUGCUGACUUUCAGACUUAGUAGAUAUCCAGGAAGAGAAAAGAAGAUUAUUAUUGCUGAUUUUCUAGUGUGAUAUUCUACUCUGCACUGUUACUCAGCAGGUUGUAAGUGAAACUGCAGUGCUAAGCACCCGGGUGCUGUUUUUAGUGAGUUUGUACAGCACACAUUGGCUCAGUUACUAAAGCCCUGUGGAUAUUUUACUGUGGUUCUCGCCUUGUCCUGUUUUCAGAGGUUAAGACUUUUUGAUUUGUGAAACAUUCAUUGUUUUUGUUCUCUCCACAAAGUGCGGGAGAGAGUUGGCAAACUGGCACCAUAUUUGUUCGAUUGUUCUUUCAGAGCUUUGUUAACAGCAGCUGAUGUUCUAGCGAAGCAAGGAGGGAAAGACAUGGUUGGGCAGUAUUUGGAGCCCAUGCCAGCCCAUCCUCAAAAAGCAUUCACUGUGAUGUACUGUGGUAACGGCAUAGAAAAGCAUAGUAGAAAAUGGUGAAUUCAUAGCAAAAUGUGAUAUACUGUAAACUUCAGGAAGGCAUGACAGACAAAAUACUGUGCAUACCUGUAUAUACUAUGGAACAACUUCAUUAAUGGUGGUAAUGUGGCUAAAGCCAAAGAUUUUCAGACAUCUUUCAAGAACAUAAACAAUCGCUGAAAGAGUCAGGGAUAUAUUUUCUCCAGCUUGUACCAUUUGCCUUUCCUUUUUUAUCACUAUGCUAUUUAAAAUCACUUCCCUGGUGUCUAGCAGCUCAGGCAUUUAGAGUUAUACUGUGAUUUUGUCCUGUGUCACUCCAGGACUGAAAGGUGGAUGAAUAACUCGGUGGUGAUCACACUUUUUCUUUUACUAGUUCUCUUGCCCCUAGUAAAUUCUGUAUGUUGGCUUCUACAGAGUGGACCUGGGAUGCUCUCCAGGAUGAUUUACUUGAUUUUGUGAGAUCCAUUGAUUCUGAUACUGUGAUUAAUGAUAAAUAUAUACAGUAUAUAUUAUUGUUGCACCACUGUUUCCUCUGUUACCAGAGGGUGGGGCUCUUUCUUCUUUUUCCUCUUGAAUUGGAAUUUAAAUGCACCCAUGUAACCAAAGGCUAUAUUCACACAGCAUUUUCUGUGUAAUCAGUCUGCAAUAUUUUUGCAUACAGUACAUGUGUUUUGUUUUUUCUUGCUUGUCAGUAAUGGUGGCAUGGACAGAACUCCAGACACCAUCAUCCAGGAUAGCUUCUCUUCAGGUAUUGUCAGAAAACAUGGGUUGUCACGCUUGCAUAAUGGAUUAAGGCUCGUGGAUUAUCAGAAUAGUUAUAGUAUGAAAGGUGCUGGGUUGAACAUUUUUCCAGGAGUUUCUUUGUUUUCUGAAGAUAAAAUUAGGCAAGAUGAUCCAAGAAGGGUUAGAGAGGUUUGCAGUCAAAAGGAGAGGAACAGAUAGAAGGACAGAUGUUUCAUUAGUAGAUUUUGAAAAAUAAUUGGCUGUAUUUGACUCUCCAAAGCGUGCCUCUCGCAUAGCAGUGUCUCUCAGCAGUUACCAGAGUUUCCACUAUGCACAUUAUACCCUGCCAGAAAAGCCACAGAAAGCAUUCAUCCAUUUUAUCUGCCUUAAUAAUCAAUUGUUAAACUGGCAAGAUUAUCAAAAUACUACCCCCUUCCAGUUUGCUCAGCCGGGUUGGUUUGGAACGGUGAGAGAUUUGUUCUAACUAUGAGUACUGCCUGAAAAGUUGUGCACUGUGACUUAGGAACUUCCAUAAAGCAACCUGAGCUUUAAGAGUGGAAUUGAAAAGGUUACUGGAAUAUUUUUGCUUUCAAUCCACAUGACCAGAAUAGCAUAAGACAACACCAGAGUGAGCCCUUUACAUUGUACCAUAGAGUCUGAUGUUUUUCAUCUAGUUAUAAAAAUUAAACUCAUUGCAUGACUGGAUGCAAUUUAUUCACACUCUAAUUGUGGGCUAAUUAUAUAUUUGUCGAGAGCUGGCAGCUAACUCAUUUUUUUUUUCAUAUUUAUUGCGAUGUAAUAACAUAGUGGAAUCGGGUUGAUGCAGAUCCAAAACUUAAUUACUAUCUAGAUCUCUGUUGAAGUUGUUUUCAUUUUCAAGAAUGUGACAUUUCCCUUUUAUAUAAUCAGUAUUGUUACACAUUCUGGGAGGCACAGUAAAAAUGUAUUGUCUUUUCUAUUAAAAAUAAAUAAAUAAAAUGUUAUUUUGUUCAUACAUAAUAUAGUAUGUUGUACUGUAUGUAAUGGUUAUUAAAAUUGCUAUAUUUGCACUGGUGACUUGAAAUCUGCAUAGUGAUUCUGUUAUCCUGUUGGGCUGUUUUUUUGCUUUGCUUUUUUGUCAUUUCAUUUUCUAAAAAUAAACAAGGAAAAUGAGGGAGAGACAGCCAUUCCGAUGUGCUGUACUAUGGUAGUUUGGCACAGCUCUGUGACAAAUGCUUUGAAUUUGAGGAAAAAAGUCUUUAGCUCCACCAUGCGGCCAAAGUGUCAAUUGCAUCUGCAUCUCAUAGCAUCUUAUUAGUGAGCACAAAGGCUGAAUGUUUGACUUACCUGUUGUAAAUAAUAUAUGAAAAAAACUAUUAUAGAUAUAAUGUUUCUAGCAGAUUGAUACUCCUGAUAGAAAAGGAAUGUUCAGCAUGGUGUUAUAUGAUGAACUAAUUUAGAGCAAAAGGUGAGUUUAUGUCAAAGUUAAAAAUGCAGCUCAUUCCCUGAUCUAUGCAUGUGUAUUAUAUUAAUAUAGGCAGAUUCUAUCUAUGCUGCUCAGUACAUAAAUGGUACAUAAAAGUUCCAGUAUAGUCAAAUGAAUAUAAUUCAUGCUAAUUUCUACUUUUUGCUUGUCAAAGACUAUAAAAGCUGUGUAAUCACAAAUUUGUAUACUGUAAAAAGCUGCAAAGUUGUGAUAUUUGUUUUCUUUUAAGAGAACUCAUGUAUACAUAUAUAUUUUUAUCAUGGCAAAGUGUGCAGUAUAUAUAUAUGGUACUGACUAGAAAUCACUUUCACUUUAUGUUAAAACAUAGUUGUAGCUGGGUCUGAAAUGGAAUCAGACUGUGUAUACUGCAUUUAGGGCAAUGGUCACAGUUAAUGAUGCCAAAUAGAAGUGAUGGCUAAAGAAUGAAUGGAACCAUCCACUAGUUUAUAUGUAGAUAUGUAUAAUACUGUAUAUUAUUGAACAACUGGACAGGGGUUGUAAAAUGUACACAGUUUUCAGCAUUCACUUACACAUAGUGAUGUGAUCAUCCAAGAUUGAUGUGCAAACCUUAUCCGUAACUGGAUAAAAAGAUGGACACAUGUAGUUUUAAUCUCCUGUAGGCAACCUAAAUGUUUUGUGAGUGGCUGGCAGUGUGAAAAAGCAGUGCGCUGUCACCAUGCAGCUGAUAGCUCCAAGCAGUUGUCUAGAUUAGAACAUGGUUUCCAGUGUGUUCAAAUGGAAGAGGGUUUGGAAUAGGGACUGCCAGUUUCAUCUUACAUACUGUACAUAAAGUAAAUCACUAUGUAUUACUCUUCUAUCAAUCAUGAAAUAUUGUGUGGAAGUGUUAAAAUAAUGUUCUAAAGUGACCUCUGUUGAUAAUUGCUAGAGAAAGUCUCCUGAUACACCUAUUACUUGGAGCAGUUAGUGUCUUUGUUCCCAAAACGGUCUGGGGACCCUCAAGACCAUAAUGACCUCUAUUUGAGAAAUUACUGGUCCAGACAACCGCUUGAGCAUUUAGCUGCAUGGCUGGAACACAUUGGGUUUGCAAUGUGUGCACAUUUCCAACCACAGAAUCACAAUAAAAUGGCAAUAAAAGGUUGUUUUUUUCAGAGGAAGAUUCUUGUUAAAGAUGUGUGGGAUUCAGGUUGAAGCUGGAUGAUGGCAGCUGUCUUACAGUAUAUUUAAUACACACAGCUCAUGAUGACAGAUUACUUACUGUAACUAAAAGCCUUGUGACCAGGGCCCAUUGUUCAUUUUACUUAGACCAUUUUGCAUUUCUGCUUUAAUAACCAAAGAUCAUUGCAGGAUAGGAAACGAAUCGAAUGAGCUCGUAACCAAGAGGAGAACACAGACUGUUGAAGUGAUGGCUUAAUGUGCUUUACCCUUAUUUGUUUAGAAAUUGAGUUUUUCCAAUUCUGUCAUUUCACAUCCCAUUUCUCAACCAAUGUUACAGCACAAGCUGUAACGGCUCCAUAAUUUGGUCAAAUUUGCAGGUUAUCCAAUAGACCGCCUUCCCCUGGGGUUGCUGUGGCCUGUACCUUUUCCUCCAUCUCCCUCAUUGUAAACGUAGGUUUUUAGUGCAGGGCAACAAAGCCUGUAUGAAUAAACCUGUGUGGCGUAGUACUGCACUGCUAUGUCAGGCUGUGGAAAUACAUGCUGAUCUGACCCCCUUUUGGAUUCAAGUGAACGGAUAUCUUAUUUAUUUUAGAAUUCCAUUUUUAAAGAAUAAUCCACUCCAGCCUGUCACAAAUGUUUUUUUUUCUGCUUAACCCAAUGCUUCUCAAUAGAGCCCCCUCCCUUCUUACUGUUGCUACUGUAAACCAAAUUAUUCAGUCGCUUUCAGAAUUCAUUUUUAUAGCACAUGAAACGAACAGCCUUAAAAAAGGACACAAUGUGAAGCCCUCUGUGCAGAAGCAUGUGAUUUGAGUUUAAGAGUUUUUGUGAGCAAUUCUGAAGAUGUGAUGGAAAUAGCAUUUGAUUUACAGACCUCGAUAUUUUGUUUUUAAUGAACUAUAAGAUCCUGCAUAGCACAGUAUUAAGAUAUAUAUAUAUAACCACACAUAACCAUGUAUUGGUUUUGUUUCAGUGCAGGGAUCCUUAGCAGAAAACAACUUUGUUUCCUGUUUGUGUAAAAAUAAAUAAAAAAUAUGUAUUCCAUGUAAAAGAAAUAUAUAGAGCUGUUGUUGUAGAGGUGAGGGAAUUACACCCUUGAACUGUCUUUGAAUCAUGAUACUGUUGGCUUUCAGACUAAAGGAGUCGAUGAGAUUAUCACUUGCAUCCCUUUAAGUGUAAUGUUAAAUUGCCACAAGGCCUGCAUCCAUGUUCUGUCAUUGGCAAUGACUGCAAAAUUGUCUGCUUGCGUUUCAUUGCUGUUGUAUUCAUCAACUAGACAAUGAGUAAAUGAGUGCUGUAUUUUAAAGGAAUCGCAUUCUGGUUUGCUUGCAUUUCCUCUUGUGAGAGUUAUUUUUUUAUGUUCAUGCCUAUAUGCGAUGUUGAAUUGGCCUAUUAUUGAUCUGAACAAAAAAUAUUUUUUUAACAUGCUGCAUUUUCUUCAAUAUUUAAUGAGUCAAUGUUGAGCAGUGGGGAUUAUUUGUACUGUAGAUGCCUUUGAGGAAUUAAUCUGUAAUGAUACUAUAAUUAUUGAUAAUACAUAUACUGUACUAAUAAUGGCAAGCUGUAAAUUUUCACUCUUUUCUGGGUACUUACUGCACCAUCAGAUACCUUCUGUAUGUAUAUACUUUGACCUUUGUAUAUAUAUUAAUGGUUGUGAUCACUUCCGCAUUUUUUUUUCCAUUGGCAGGCAUUGCUAAUUGCAUCGUGCUUGAAUCAGAAUUCAGACUAUGUACAGCUGCGGUAUUUAUGAAAUGACAAUAAAAAAUACAAAAUGAUA